AUGGUCAGAGAAGCAUGCAGUCCUGCCAACUCGGCAGAAAUUGACGCCGACUCGGGACCUUCGACAUCGCGGGGCCGGCGUUCAAGCAAUGCGUCGACGGAAUGCGUAUUCGACAAGGAAGACAGGAAGGUUGUGGUCUCCGAGAGCGGCCGCGUUUACAUCGAUCCACUUCGCCCCACGCGGGUAGACGUUAUGAACCCCUUAGCAAGUGGACGCUCAAAGUUCUUGACGGAUUCUACGGGAAGGAGGCAAGUGCCAUUGAAUGUUGAUGGGCAGGCAGUCAAACUAGACUGGCCUUCUUCUCGAGAGGUGAUCCCUAAGCCCACAGCCGACAUCCCUUCACUUGACCACGCCCUCUACCUCACCAACACAGUGAAAUUUCAUCUAGGCCAGACAUAUCAUCUUUUCGAUGAGAAUGACUUCAUGAGUGGGCUUCAUGACUUUUACAGGAAUGGCACGAAGCAGGAACCUACCACAGACACUCGAUUAUGGUAUAUUCAAUUUUUACUCGUCAUGGCUUUUGGCAAGGCCCUUCUAGUUCCAGGAGCGCCAGGACAGAGUCCUCCUGGCAGCGGACUCUUCAGCAGAGCUUUAGAGCUGUUGCCUGAUAAUCAAGGUCUUUACCAGGAUCCGAUCUUGUCCAUGGAGAUACUGUGCUGCCUCGCUUUGUAUUUGCAGUCGGUUGACCAUCGGAAUAGCGCCUUCACUUAUAUUGGCCAAGCAUUUCGGAUAGCCCUGACACAGGGUCUCCAUUGUGAGCCUUCUGAAGGCCUGCUCAGUGAGACGGAAGCCAAUAGACUGCGCUGCAUCUGGUGGACUAUUUACAUUUUGGAUCGAAAACUGUCGUCGCUGAUGGGUGCACCGAGCUCGAUCCAAGACAGCGAUAUAACUGUUACUCUACCUCUAUCAGAGCCCAUCAACUAUAAGUAUAAAGCUCUCGGCCUUCACGUAGCUCUGUCGCAGCUGCACGCCAAGGUCCUGAGUACUGUUUAUGGUGCCGACGGAAAGCUUGAGCCUUCUUUUCUGAAAAAGAUUCAGGAAGUCUUGAGAGACAUGGCCAGGCUCGCCCCUCAACUUACGGCGGGGUUCGAGUUCAAGUUUGAUAACUACGAGCCAGCCUCGCGAAUUUCCGCAACGCUGAAUCUAAGCUAUCAUCAGUGUGUUGUCCUCGCAACAAGGCCACUUCUAAUUUGUCUGUUACAAGAUGUCCUGGCAAGGCAAGAUGCCAUCCAUCGAGACCUCGCAGGCCCGAUCAAAGCUCUUCUGAGUACAUCGUCCGAAUCAGCAAGCAAGUCCCUUCGUAUCCUAUCGACUUUGCAGUCUCAACAUCUCUUAGAGACGUUUCUCUCGUUCGAUUUAGAACAAACCUUCUCAUCUGGAUUCAUCCUAACGCUUAUGACGGCUAUACCCGGUCUCCCAAAUCAUGACAGCAGCUACCUGGAUACCGCCUUCAGCAUCUUGAGUACCAUAAUUGCGCACGGCAAUAUGGUUGCCCUGUACCGGAAAGAGGAACUAGAGAAAUUACAAGAAAUCCUGCAUCUCGUUCAGACACAAACGAAAGAACCACCGGCACCUAAGGCAGGCGGCCAGCCCUUAUCGAAUGUCAAUAGAGGUCUCAAUCCCUCUACUGAGCAUACAGAGCGAGUAACCGCCACCGGUGCUGCGGCUAACGGCCUGGCAUCAUCCGAGGAAAUGCUAUCAAUCGCGGGACUGCUCGAUUGGGAGCCAGAAAUGUCCGCCUAUGGCAACACUCAGCUCUCCGGAAGCUGGUUGUGGACAGAUGCCAUCACGCAGGAUCUCGAUUUUAGUGGGGACCUACUAUGA